GUGUAUUCUAUGACUGAGUGCCAAUGAUCUAACAGUGUACAUAAAACGAGAGUCAUUCUAAUAUAGUGAUUUUUCUUGCAGCUUUAAAGAAGAAACUUCGUUAAUUCUACCAUAAUAAACAAGUAAAAUUCUGCAGUAUGUACAAGCAGUGGUAUUCAUCUGUCAUAUAUAACGCAUGACCUAAAUCGCGAUGCGCAUGUGCAGUCCAGCAAGGACAGUUUCGAGGGUGUGUUUUCAUCCCCUGUUUCUGGUGUUUCGCAGAAAUUUCUCAGUGCUGUGUUUGUUCCUGUCAUUUUGUAGACGAAAAGAGAGCAAAAUCGUGGUGUGAAAGACGAGGACCGUGCCACCUGCUGGAGCUUAACGUGUGUUGUCCAAAAUCGAUGUCGCCAUCCUUGUCUUUCGUCUUACGACCAGUAUUAGCAGUUUGCACCAAUGAAAUAUGAAUAUGAUGGAAAUUGUACACGGGGUAUUCUGUUAACGGUGUGACAAAAAGCUUUCGUGUUUACAGUGCUAAAGUAACGAAGACGGGUCUGCCAUUGUCGUCGAAUUUUUACGAAAAAAAACAAAGCUCAAUAGUCGCUCCGAAUGUUUUUCUGUUGGGACGGUGUUAACGAGAUAAUUUAAUAACCUAGCGCGAAAUAUUGUGUGUACAGAUAAAAUUCGCGUGUCUGGCCGAAUUGUCGUAAUAUUUAUUGAGCGUAAAAUUAACCAGGGUUAAUGUACUGAUAAUUGUAUCGUUCAUUUGAUAUCGUUAAUAUAAUACAAUAUUAAUUCGGUUUCCCUUAAUGACAUGUGUCAAGGAUGCAUUUGUAUGCAUCGAUUCUAUUGUUUACAUUUGCAAAGUGUGACAAUGUGAUUAUGAAAUAGAAUCUGCAAAUACACUGUUCACGUCAGUGUGUAUGUUCUCACGUCUCAGCCUCGUACAAUUUUCUAAUUAGUACUAUAUACAUAUGUAUAUAUUUUAUUAUGCUUCGAUAUUUCGAAGUCGUGGUAAAAAAUCAGACGUUAAGUAUUUGAGCAUAGCUUGUUGUGAAGAGCCGCAUAGUAUCGUGGAUCCUGUUGCACUUAAAUAGCUGUAUCAUGGUGCUUUGUUAGUGUGCAUAUCACGGCUGUGUAAGAUCCUUGGGACGCCAUAAAUAAUAUAUUGCGCCAAUACUUAUUACUUAUACACAAAAUAACUAUCAUCCGAAUUUAUCAACGGAAGCUUCAUGAGCUGCUGUCCAUUCAUGACACGGCUAGGGGAGAGGAUGGUUAGCAUGAGCUCUAUGCUCGUAGAAACAGUUAGUAUAAACUACGAAGACUUCAAUGAAAGUUUUUUAACAUGUGGUACAUGCCUUUGUGUUUAUGAUGGUGGAGAGCAUACUCCUAAGUUAUUACCAUGUUCACACACGGUAUGUUUACAUUGCUUAACAAGAAUUGCUGCAUCUCAGACCCGUGAGACUGGUGCAUUUCGAUGUCCUAUUUGCAGAGAAUUGAUAACUAUACCUCGAGGUGGGGUUCCUGCAUUGCCACCUAGUUUCCUUGUAAACCAACUUCUUGAUCUUAUGUCUAGGCAAAGAAGAGAGGUUAUUCCAAAAUGUUCAGUCCACAUAAAUCAAGAAUUAUUAUUUUGUGAAACAUGUGAUACAGUGUUCUGUACAGUAUGUACAGGUGGUAAUCAUACAGGAACAUCACCAGGGUGUACAGAACAUACUAUUAUACCUUUUAGUAUUGCAAUAAAAAGAAUGUCUGAAAUUUUGCUCUACAAAGCCAAUGAAUGUAUAUCGAAGUUAACACAAGCUCAAGAUUCUGUAAGUACAGAGUUACAACGUUUGGAGGCUUCUACAGAAAGAUGUUUGAACGCUGUAGAUACUGAAUUUGCAGAAAUUAUUGCAAAAAUUGAAAGGAGACGUUCCGAGUUACAAGCGGCUGUUACCGCUGCAGCAAGAGAUAAAAAACAUGUACUAGAAGAACAACAUGCUCUCAUAGAAGCUGAAAAAAAUAAAGUACAACGAGAGUGUGAAGGCUUACAAUAUCAAGUUGAAGUACGAAAUAUUACACAAAGAAUCGGUAGUUUAUCUGAUCAACUUGAUGCAGCAUCAGCUCUUAGCGAACCUAAAGAAAAUGCCUUUAUUACCUUCGAAUUUAAUCACAAUAAUGCUCUUUCUCAAUUAGAGGAAGCUCUUAGUAACUUAGGAAGAGUACGUUCUAGUACAACAUUGCCAGGUUCAUGCAGAGCCAGGUUGAAAGAUCCUGCUAUAGUUAAAUUACAAGCAACAGUGAUAGUAGAGACCGUUGAUUAUCAUGGACAUCCUAGAAACGUUGGAGGCGAUCUUAUUACGACUGAAUUAACUUUAGCAGACAGUAUCCAUUCUGAAAACCAAAGUUCUAGUAUUGAAACUGAAAUUAUAGAUUUAGAUAAUGGUACAUAUGAAGUACUAUUUCGACCUCCGUGUGCAAGUCGUUACGUCUUGAAAUUAUCAGUUUUUGAGCGGCCUAUUAAAGAUUACCCUUUAUUUUUUGAUGCAACCGAACAUAACGAACCCAUUAAGGUAUAUGGAAAAAGAGGAAACGGAAAAGACGAAUUCCAUCAACCAGUAGCAGUUGCUGUUGAUGAUGAUGGCAUGAUAUAUAUUUUAGAUACUGGGAACUCGCGCAUAAAAGUACUCACUUGUGAUCUAGAAUUUCAAAGGCAUAUAAAUAAUGAAGGUCUUGAAGGUCGUAGCUGUACAGGAAUUGGUAUCUCUCAACAAGGACUUGUCGUUGUCAAUUGGAGAACGCGGAAAGUUACAGAAAUGAGCUCUCUAGGUGACACUAUUAAAUCUUUCUCUCAUAACGCAUUUCAAGAACCAAUUGAUGUUGCAGUAGAUAGAAGUUAUGGACACAUACUUGUAGCUGAUAUUGGUCAAAGUUGUGUUUUUGUAUUUGAUUCUGACGGCAAAAUUCUUUUCCAGGUUGGAAAGAGAAGUACAUUCAAAUUAAUUAGUUCUAUUACUGUUGGACCUAAUGGUGAAAUUGUGGUUGCCGAUAGUCGUAUUCAAGUAUUUUCUGCUAAAGGAGAUUUUUCGGAAGAAAUAUAUCCCGAAGGCAAAGGAAAAGGCACUUAUGGAGGUUUGGCUGUCGAUGCUGAAGGCAGAAUACUUGGCACCCGUACCGAUAAAGGACGCAGUAUAAUACAAGUAUUAAAAUUAGGAGGAGGAGGUAAUAUUUUAACUGAAAUCGAUUCGCAUAGUUCAAAAUUACGACGUCCUUCAGGUAUCGCGGUAUUACCUGACAAUCACUUAGUAGUUGUAGACUUGGGAAAUGAUUGUAUAAAAAAAUAUAGAUAUUGGUAAAAGAAUUGGUUUUUACAGCAUCAAAUCUUCUUAUGUCCAACAAAAAUGAUUCAGAGCAUACGUGUACCAAAUACUAUGUGUUUAGUAUAGUUUAAAUUAUUUAAUUUCUGAAGACUUCAAUUAUAAUUUUUCAUAUACCUUUCGUGCCCGUGUCUCAUAAACUUUUUAUAUAUCAUUAAAAACUUAUAGACAUAGAUAAAUCAAAAUAAUUUUUUAGUGUGGAGAAAUAUUAAUUAAAUUUAAUAAGUAUUACAUAUACGUAGGUAUACGUAGGUAUAUGUAAUACAUAAAAUAAUUUAUGUGUUUAUUUGUGCGUUAGAUUUUGCGACAUAGGUCGUUUUCCUAAAAUAAAAUAGACUUGACUAGUAUAAUGCAAUUUAUAACACUUUAUGUUACUAUCAUUUUUUUAAUUAUUUUGAUAUUUAUAUUAAUUAACUUUUGAAUAUGCUAGGUAAUUUACACUGCCAUAGUUUGAUAUUUUAAAUUCACAAUAGUAAUUACAAGAAUCACGUAUUUCAUAGAAAUAUAUGUGUAUAAAUGUAAUGAUAGAUAGGUUUUUGAAAUUCGUGCAUAAGAAAUCCUGGUGAGAAUUUAAUUGAGACGUUAAAUACUACAGUUCCGUUUAUUAGAGAGACCUAAACUGAGAUAUCAGAAAUUUUGCAAUAGACAGAUUUGAUUAUAUUCAAUUCGAUAUGUUCUUUCUGAAUUUUAUUACUUUGUAUAUUUAUUAACAUUAUUAAUGUGUAAUAAAAGAAAUAAAAAAACGGGAAUCCUAGUUUUAUAACUAGUAAACAGUUUAAUAUGACUGUAACUAUUUUGAAUAUUUAUUAUAAGUGGAAAAAUACUUAUAUUAACCACCACAAGAUUAAAUUAUAUAAUAAAAAUAACGUUUAAUGUUGUUUCUUUUAAGAAGACAUUUUUAAACGGACAAAAUUUCAGUAUAAAUUACCAAAGGAAAUUUAUUCAGAAAUAACAUCAUAUUCUUAUGUACAGUUUUCUACUUUAUAUUAACAAGUGUGCUUAAUUAAUUUCUACUGCACUAUAAUUCUGCAUUUUAUAUUUAUUCAAUAAUAGUUUAAUAUUUUUUGAUACUAUAAGGUGAACCCUUGUUUUGUGAAUAUCAAAAUAGUAAAAAUUAUUUUCAUGUUCCCUUUUUAUACUUAGAGAUAUUACAGAGAACUACUUAAAUGUUGUUAUCAGAGAAUUAUCUUUUAUACAUUGCAAUUAAAGUCAAUAUAUUUAACUCAUAAUACAUUUUUUUAUUUUGAUAUCUUAUUAGCUGUAUUCCAUAAAUGUUACAGUACUUCAAUUUGAUAACCAGUCAAAGCAUUUUGCAUUUUCAUUGUGUACUGGUUAAUCUUUUUGAUUCAUCAGUACAAAAAGUGAUGUAUCUGAUUAUCUCAUGAAUAGAUAAAAAAAACAACAGAAAGAAAUAUGUGCUAAUAUUUUUUCAGUAUUAUUACAGAUUGAAAUAAAACAUUUUAUUUGUAUAAAUAAAUGAGUAUAUAUAUCAACACAUAUAUAUUUAUUUAUUUAUGUAUAAAUUAUUAUAAAUAACGAUAUACAUAAUCAUGGAAGACAUCACUUUGAAGGUAUUAUGUUUCACUAGCUAUUUUAUGCAUACAUUCUUUUUUAUUGUGUUUCUACCACAGCUUUUUUCUUGAAUAAUAUUUUGAAUUUUAAUUGACAUAAUAUAGAAACGAAAAUUAUUGGAAUUACAUGUCUUAAUUUUUGGAAAAGUUAUUUCUAUUCUAAUGUUCAUUUCAUUUAUUGUAUAUGCAACUGUUAAUGCACAUAUAAAUGUAAUUACAUACGUAGUAUAUUUGUAAUUUUCUUUAAAAUAUUUCAGUUAUUAAAGUACUACAUUAUUUACUUAAUUAUUACCAUAGGGUAAUCCUUUUUGUUAACCAACAUUGGUAAUCAAUACUGAUUAUUUAAGAGGGACUGGUACACAAUUUAGAAUACAUUAUUUAUGUUGUGUUCAAUUGUUUUAAAGUGAAGUUAAAGUAUAAGCAAUUAUAAUUGAAACAAAAAUAUUGUUGCACUAUACAAAUGUGUACAUUAUGUACAAACUUUACUAUGUUGUGCUUAUCACUUUGAUAAUAUUAUGAUAACAUUAUAUUAGUGUGUUCUAGAUUUAUAGUAUAGUUACAGAAUUGUUGUAGAACUUUAUAUCUUUCAUUAAUAUUGUUAUUACAAGAUAUAUAAUUUUCAGUAAUUGGUUCAUAUGUAAAGCACAUAUAAAGUAUCCUUUUCUUUAAUUUAUUAAAAAUUAUUAAUAAUUGAUUAUUAGUUUUAGUAACUACUACAAUAGUAAAUUUGUCAUCAAAUAAUAAAUAACAACUUUCAGAUAAUUAUUUUUGGAACUAAUGUACAGAGCAUUCCUUGUAAACUAAUUUGAGCAGUGAUUUAAUGUUACUUAAAACAUUUUCAUAUAUGUAUAUACAUACAUAUAAAUAUGUAUGUGUGUACAUAAAUACAAAUAUAAUUAAUCAUAAGAGUAUCAUCUCAGCCUUUAGUGUAAAACAUGGCAGUGCCUUUAUUAAACAAAUUUCCAUGGAAACCUAUGAUUACAUUUAAAUUCUGAUAUGGAUUUUAACAUUAUUUCUAAACUAAAGAUGUAUGACAAGUGACUUAAAAAUUUAGUAAUUGAAACUAAAUUAUGAUUUAGUAUAUAUAUGUAUAUGUAUAAUAUACAUAUAUGUUACUAUUUCAUAAUUCUUAUUUUAUUAAACUUAUGUUUAUAGGAUUACAAUUGCUAGAUACAGUUAAAGUAAUCAUCAGUGCAUACUUUUUAUUUUUUCAUGCAUUUUUUAGUAUACUGGAAGCUUUGACUGAUUUAUUUAAUUUAAUUUUGAUAUUAUUUAAUCUAGUCAGAUUAAGA